AAACUACAAAAGGACUUCGACGAACUGGAGAGGCUCGAACAGAGACGGCUACAAGAGCCGGAACAGGGACAACCUGGAUGGGCCGAAGAAAAUGAAUCGCCCAUUUCGUCGUCAGUAUUAGAGGAAGAUCCAUCCCCUAGCAGAGAGCCUUACCCUGGUGGCACAGAAGUUAUUGGGGAAGCAGUUCGAAGAAGAAGGGUUCCGGAAAGCGCGAUUCCAUUAAUGAUAAAAUCGUUAUCAGUUGGAACACUUAACCAGUACGAAAAACCACUUCGACUAUGGUGGGACUUUUGUUUAAGAAAGAAGAUUCAAAUAUUCGAUGCCAAAGCUACGGAAAUUAUAAUGUUUUUAACUGAAAUUUUAGACAACAUUAACACUUAUGGCACCUUAAACUCGUACCGAUCAGCAAUUUCUUUAAUAAGAAUGUCAGAAGUUGGCUCUGAUCCAUCAAUGAAGAGAUUUUUCAAAGACAAAAUAAUCCAGAUCAAAAUUCCAGGUAGAAUAAAAUCCUCAGGAGUCAAUAAAUCGCAGCCGGGCUUAAAACUGCCAUUUUUUCGAGAGGAACGAGAAUUGUGUGUCGCUUCGACAUUAUCAGAAUAUAUUAAACGAACUGAACCAAUUAGAGGAAAUGUUGAGGAACUUUUCAUUACUUUUAAAAAUCCCAAAAAAGCAGCUUCGACUCCAACACUCUCACGAUGGAUCAAGUGCAUAUUAACAGAAAGUGGAAUUGAUACCUCUUUCUUUAAAUCCUAUAGCACACGACAUGCAUCUAGUUCGGCAGCUAAACGACAAGGAGUUUUGACCGUUCUGACAACUCUUUACUGACAGCAUACUCUAGUGGAUCAACAGAAGGGUCUAAUAGCGCAUUACCACCAACAAACUCUGAUACAUCAGAACAAUAUUAUUUUGUAAUUUUAAUUAACUAUAAUAAUCUUCGUAUUCCGGAUUU